CUUUCUCUCCAGUCCGCUCCGUCGUCGUCUCCUCCACUCCCUAAGAAAUGGCGACAAAUCAUAGCCCCGAUGAAGAAAGCACGCGCCUUUACCACCCUUACCAGAACUACGAGCUCCUCCCCAUCAACGCCCAUCACCUUUACAAGCUCCCCACCUCUCCCGAGUACCUCUUCACAGAAGAGUCCCUCAAAAAGCGUCGAUCUUGGGGAGAGAAUCUCACUUUCUACGCAGGCACCGCUUACCUCGGCGGCUCCGUAGCCGGAGCCGCGGCCGGGAUCAUCUCAGGCGUCAAGAGCUUCGAGUACGGAGACACGGCGAAGAUCAAAAUCAGCAGGAUCCUGAACUCGUCUGGUCACACGGGUCGCUCGGUUGGUUGCAGGAUCGGGGCUGUCGGGCUGAUCUACGCGGGGGUCGAGAGCGGAGUUGUGGCGUUUGCGGAUAGGGAUGAUGUGUGGACCAGCGUGGCGGCGGGUUUGGGAACAGGGGCGGUGUUUAGGGCGGCGAGAGGGGUGAGGUCUGCGGCUGUGGCGGGUGCGCUUGGAGGAGUGGUGGCUGGUGGGGUUGUGGCGGGGAAGCAGGUUUUGAAGCGGUAUGCUCACAUUUGAAUGAAGAAGAAGGAGUGAUCUUUAGGGGGCAAAGCAAGCAUAUGGGAAUAUCAUAAAAAUCACAGCUUUUGUGUGGGGUUUCAUAUUAGUAUAAGUUUUUUAUACUGUUUGGUGUUUUGUUUCAUCUUUGUACACUAUUUGCGUAUUGUGAUGUCCUUAACCCCUAGUUGUCUGGAAUAUUAAUGAUUUGGUAUGCGUGUGCUGAUA